GACGUAGAAAUGUCUAUGGAGAUCAUGCUGAGCUCAUCUUAUCUGUGAUUCAUCUGUUCCUGCUUUGAUGGCAGAAUUAUGUGCGAAGUAACUGAUUAAUUAAUGUGAUGUUUUGUAGAGACAAUAACGAGGGAUAAAAUGUAGAACAGACGUCACGAGGAUUUAUUGCAAAUAAUUAAACAAUCUUAUUGCGACGAUCGUGGACAAGAAUGCGCGUGUGUGUGUGUGUGUGUGCGCGCAUGUACGUGUGCGUGCGUGCAUGCAUGUGUGUUGUGCAUAAUAAAUGUUGAUAGAUUAAUAUUAUUAAUUUAAUAGCGAUAUUACGUAGAUCGUUUUCGUAAUAAAACGUAAUCGAAAAGGGAUUAAACAGACAGUUCUAAAUACGACAGAAAUAGCUAAGCAUUUAAUAUUGAAUGUUUACACAAAGACGUAUUACAACAAAUUCUAAUGCCAAUACAGGCACCACAGUGGACUGAAUUUCUUUCUUGCCCAGUUUGUUGUCAUGACUUUGAUGUGGCCGUACGAGGUCCAAUAUCUUUAGGAUGUGGUCAUACUAUAUGCCGUACGUGUCUAGCAAAUUUGCAUCGCAAGCAAUGUCCUUUCGAUCAGAGUACUAUAAACACUGAAAUAGAAAGAUUACCAGUAAAUGAAGCUCUGCUUCAAUUAGUUGGUAAUACUGUUCCAACAAAUGUUGCAACAUCGUAUCAAAAAUUAUUACCACCUGAAGAUCAUACUAAUUACUUAGUGGCUAAGCGCUGCAUUGAAGAAUUAGCGCUCUAUUUGAAACCAUGUCAGACAAAUCCAACCAUAGCAGCAGGAAUGGGACUUGUGUCUCGUCCGAUGCAGAGAAAAUUGGUUACGUUGGUAGGGUGCCAAUUAGUAGAACCAGAGGGAAGAGCACGUGCUGUAAGAGCAGCUCGAAGCUUAGGGGAAAGAUCCGUCACAGAGUUAAUAUUACAACAUCAAAAUCCUCAACAGCUUAGUGCCAAUUUGUGGGCUGCUGUACGUGCACGCGGUUGUCAGUUCCUUGGGCCAGCAAUGCAAGAGGAAGUUCUCAAACUAGUUCUUUUAGCUUUGGAGGAUGGUUCAGCUCUUUCGAGAAAAGUUUUAGUAAUGUUUGUGGUUCAACGUUUGGAACCACAUUUUCCACAAGCAUCGAAAACAAGUAUUGGACAUGUAGUACAGCUCCUUUAUAGAGCAAGUUGUUUCAAGGUAUCCAAGAGAGAGGGCGAUUCAUCUUUAAUGCAGCUAAAAGAAGAAUUUAGAACAUAUGAUGCUUUAAGAAGAGAACACGAUGCUCAGAUUGUUCAAAUAGCAACUGAAGCUGGAUUACGAAUAGCUCCUGAUCAAUGGUCCGCAUUAUUGUAUGGAGAUACUGGUCAUAAGUCUCAUAUGCAAAGUAUUAUUGACAAGCUACAAACGCCACAAUCUUUUGCUCAAAGCGUGCAAGAAUUAGUUAUUGCCUUACAACGUACACCUGAUCCAGGACAACUUAGCGGUUUAAGGCCACAGCUAGAAUUAUUAGCUGCAAUAGAUCCUAGUCCAGAAACAGAGCCGCCCACAUUAGCUGAAUGUCGUGCAGCAUUGGAAGCUGUUAGAACUGUGGUUGCAGCUUUGGUGGAAUUCAUUCAACAACAUGGAAAUAGAAAAUGUUCAGAUGGUACUCAUAAUAUUGGUCCAAGUCAACCAAAAUACAAAGUAAGCAUGUGUAGAGACCUUGCUCUUAGAGGAUCGUGUCCAAGAGCUACCAAUUGUACUUUUGCACAUAGUGACAUGGAACUUGACAAAUAUAGAUCAAAGAACCGAAAGUUGAGUAUCAGAACAAAUUUACCUCUGAAUAGUAACACGGAAUUAAAGACGGAUAAGUCUAUUGUUGUUCAAAACAACAAGGUUUUUAAGCAAAGCGAAGAGGCACCUUAUCAUUCCAUAAAACCACAUGAUAUUCAUAGGGAUAGUUUUAAUUCAUUGAAUAAAGUCAAUCCAACGCAACAUCCCAUCGUUAGUAACGAAAAUAAUUUUGUUGGAUCUUUGACAAAUUACAUGUUGCCACCGCCACAAAAUUUAUCACAUAUGGUUCCUGUGAAAAGCAUGGACAUUCAUUGUCCUCAUUAUAUUAUGCCUGCAGCAUCUUUAGAUUAUAACACAACUGAUAUGAAUAUGUGGGAUCCGCCACAAGUAACGUCAGGUGUAACAAAUGGGAUUUCUAAUAGUAAAAAGCAACGAACAGUAGCAAAAACAUUGGCAAUGUUGUUACAACGUAGAAUGGAAAUUUUGAAUCAACUUGAAACUAUAGUCAACAAGCAAGCUCCUCAGAUGAAAAUGAAUUGUGACAUUCAAGGAGAUCUGCUUUCAUCGAAUUUAUCGAUAUGGGCAAAUUCAUCUGGGAGUCCUAUAGGUCCUGCAUCAAAUAUGAGUUGCAGUAAUAAUUUUCGAUGUGCAGAUUCUGUAUUGUUUGAUGAUGAAUUUGUACCAUUCGAUGCAUCACCUUCGAGCAAGUAUGGACCAAUAUCCAAAUUAUCAAAAACGAUGAUAAGAUCUCCAAAUGGUGUACCACCUACAAGUUUGUAUAAUGAGGGUCCACCUGCAAUAUCUACUUUUCGACCUAUGCCAGCUCCUAAUUCCAUUUCAUCAUGGUAUUACGGAAAUCAGCCUUAUGCGUCUAUUGGUACAAACGGAGGAAUGCAAUCUGUUACUACAUCCAAUUAUGGAGAUGGAUAUAUCGCUCUCGGACGAAAUAUAUCAGAAUCACAAACGCACUCGCAUCUUUUGCAACAGGAAUGUAUGUCCAAAGAUUUAAUCUUGGAAUCACAGAAAGUAAAACAACAAUUGAAACAUUUAGAGAAGAAAAUUAAUGAUUUAAAGCUUGCAACGCAAGGUGCAGCUUUUACAGCCGGUGAAAGACUUGCGCAGGAGUUGCAAAUGAUUGAAGCGGGUAUUAGAGAAAAGGAAAAGGACGUGAGAAAUUGGAGUCCGUAUGGUGGUACUUUACCAUGGAUUCAAUCACCAGCUAGCUUACUUACUAAUCAAAGCUUUAAUCAGGAUUAUAAGACCGAAGAGGAAGAUACAUAUGAGGCUGGCAUUGCGAAUGAUAUGCGCGAAUUAGAAUUACGAUGGGAGUUUGAACUGCAGGAACAAGAGAAACAUUGGUCGAGCGAAGAAGAUAAUUCGAAAAAGUAACAUAAUCUUGCAGUAUUAAAUAUUAACUCCCAGAUCUGACAAUGACUCAAGAAAAAAGCAUGUGUUUUCGCAUGUUCGUAUAAUUCUUUAAGAAAACUUUUAUGCGUCAAUGCGUUUACUUCUGUAAUUGGAUAAUCGAAAAUAUAUAGAUGGAACCAAAAUAUAACAAUUCGUUUAGUAAGUAUACCUUGGUAAAAACAGACCGUUUUCCUUUUUGCUGAAGUCAUCCCGCGUAUACAGUUGAAAAAUUGGCCAUAUUAAUCAAUAUAAAUGACAAUAUUGCAGAAAGGGGCCAUCUAUUAAUUUUGCUCGUUUAAAAAUAACCGAAGUAAAGGAGUAUAAGUGUUUUCAAAAGAAAUGGAUCUUAUAUGUGAAAACGCUUAUUAAAUUUCUUUUCGACUAACGAUUAAAUGAUUCUGUAUUAGAUUUUAAGCUAGUUUACAAGUUUGAUAAUUAUUCUAAUUUAUGAAUAAUUGUGUUGACAUUUAAAUUGCUACCACGGUAUCUAUAUCUCGUUCUCUGUUUUGUACACAUUUAAUAUAAAAUUUGAUAAAAAGCUUUAGUCGAAGUAAAACAAGAUUGAAAAUAAAAAUUUCAAUUUUGUUUAUUCUCUUUCUCAGGAAAUUAUAUCCGUAUCUUAUAAUUGAUAAAGAAUUGUAAUUUAUUUUUUCGAUACAGACACAGAUAAAUUCUAUGUAUCAUUUUCUUAAUAAUUCCUAAAUAUGCAUUUUGAAAAUUGCUACGACGUUUGUCUUUUACAUAUACAGUUUAUGUAAGAUUUCGAUCUUUCCCAUUAAAAGUUAUAUAUAGAAUGUAAAACAAGAGGUAAAAUUGAUGGAAAAUUACUAAGAAGAACAUCUAGGCUUUCUAUCAAUUUUAUCGGAUUCUAUAUGUAAUCUAUUUCUACAAGGUUUCAAUGAUAGCUCUAAUUAUUUUUUUCUCGUUUCUAUUCAUAAUGUGAAGCAUUAACUUGAAUGUAGAAUAAAAGCGAAGAGGGCUGUGUACAAUGGGAAGUAAUAAGCGCAACAAUACUGUUUGUGCAAGCUUCAGAUUAAUUGCAUGUUAAACAUGUCACUAUGUGUAUAAUGAUACACACAUACCUAUGUUGAUGGUAUGAAAUCACAUACAAUCUAUACUAACGUUCUUUGUUUGAACAUACAAAACGAUAAUAAUUAUAUACAUAUCGGUAUAUAAUGUAUAGUCAAUGCACUUGGCACUAGCAGUACAGAUUCUUUAUAGAUUUUGUGUUAUACUUGAAAAUCUUUUCUUUUUCUUUUUUUUUUUUUUUUUUUAACAUUUAUAUAAUAUUCAUUGUAUGAAAUUAUCAAAUUACACUUAAACCAGUAUUCACAAUAUACGACUUAUUUCUCGUAAAUCCACAUUUUCUAAAUAUUAUUAUUCGAAGGUAGAAAACUGGUUGCGUAAGAUGUUGAGAAUAAAUAUACGUGCUAUAUUAGCAUUAUGCUUUAGCAAUAGAAUUUGAGUUUGUAAUUUAAAAAAAAGUAAAGGUACAUUAGUCUUAAAGGGCUUUGUUUUAUGCAAGACGAAUUCUUAUGUCUCUUUUCAUCAUCUUACAGCAUGUUGAAACAUAAGAUAACUAUGAAAAGACUUAUCAUAUAUGUAUAUGGUAUGGCAUGAUAAACCAUAUAAUAUACAACAUAUGAAUGUAUGAAAAACUUAUUAAAACGUAUAUAUUCAAAUAUUUGUUAUUUUGUAAAGGUCGCUAAAAUUACGUGGAAUAUAUCGCAUAGAAUAAUCAUUUUCGUUGAUUAUCUCGUAUCAUCAUCCCAUUGUAUGGACAGUACUGAACAAUUUUGUUGAAUUGCGUCUUUGUAUGUGUGCGUGUGCGUGUGUGUAUAUAUAUAUAUAUAUGUGUAUAUAUAUAUAUAUAUAUAUAUGUGUGUGUGUGUGUGUGUGUGUGUAUGUACAUAUAUGUCAUGCGAUAUAGCCGCGUAAGUCUGAUGUAUUUUUCACAAAUGUACUGUAAGUGAAAGUGUAAUAUAUUUAUCUACUCAAUAUUUUGUGUUAAUUAUUAUGACCCUUAUUGUCUUUCAUGUCCCUAAAAAGUGUUGAAAUAGAAAGUAUAAAAUUGGUAAGAGUCGUGUUUGAUUUAAACAAAAGCAGGUACAAUUUUGCUUCAAGUUGGAGAGAAACUCUCGCUUACAGUCAACCAUGAUACUUGUAUUUGUAUCUUCUUUCGAAUUUUCUACGAUAAUUCCAGACAAUUUUGUUAUAAGGAUAUGUAAUAUACACAUAUAUAUGUAUAUUAGAUAUCUUGUUUUUCAGUGUUCAACUUAAUUUAUAUUUAUUAUAUAUCGAAUAUAACGUGCUGGACGUUAUAUUCGAAUUGUCUUAUUUUCGUAUGUAUAUGUCUAACAACAUUUUUCUACGGCAUUCGGCUCCGUCAAUAAGCGAAAAGUGAUGAUAUGUUUUUCUUUAUAAGUGAUCAUAUGACUUUGAAGAAUAUCUGGAGCUGUAUUUAUGAAAUGGCAAGUUGCCGUGAAAAAUUUCUAGAAAAUAAUCUUUUUGAUAGUUGCAAGUAAAAUGUGCAUGCUAUAUUUAUGAUGCAACCAAUGGCAUAUGUCAAGCUUCCAAAGAAACGUAUACAAUUCAGUGAUGACAGUUGAAGAAUGAUAGUUUCAAAAUGUAGGACCAAAAAUAAACGUACAUACAUAUAUAAUAUCCGAACUUAUCUACUGUAGUACAAUAUAUAUUUUUUCAAAAAGGAAUUCAAAAGAUAUUAAAUAUGAUUUUGUAGCAUCAAUUAUUUCUUUAAUAGUUGGACCAUCUACGGUUGCAAUAAUUUUGGAAAUAUUUAUUUCAAUUUUAAACAUUAACUUUUGAAAAUGUAUAAAUAUCCAUAUUACAUAUUAAAUGUUGCCAGAGAUUUGACAAAAUUAUCCAAAAUGACAAAAAUCCAGCUUGCAACGUACUAGUCUUAGGAUCUCAGAGAAUAACGCUUUCUAGUUUUUCACAAAUAGCGAGUCUAUCUAACGGGAUUUAUAUAUUAUUCUGAAAUCGUUCAAGUAAGACGAUAGAUUUACGAAGAAAAGCAGCUAGACUUGAUUGCAGCAAAAUCGCAUUCUGUAAAAUUUCUAAAAUCUAUAUUAUAAACGAUCGACCGAAGUAGAAAGAAAUGUAGUAGUGAAAAAUGAAGAAACGUUAUACGAUUAGAGAAUUUAGAAAACCCAAAAGUCGGGUGAAUUUUGCGUAUACAGAGCUUGCGUAUACACGCUUGUCAAGAAGACCUUGGAUAUUCAAGAGCAGCAACAUUGGAGAGGCAGGAAUAGGGGAUGUAUUGGAUUACCAUAAAUUCAUGAAAAAACAAAAAUCUGAAUUUCAAAAAUGUUACAAGAAAAUUUACAAAAACAGCAGCAAUAGAAUGGAGUUGCAAUUAUUAAGAAACAAGCUUCAGGAACGGUUUCAAGCUUAGCGUUUUUAUACCAUUACAGAGGAAAAAGAAAGAAAAGGAAACGAGUGGGGAUUGAAAAUUUGUUAAAGAAGAAAAAAAAAAAAAAAAAAGAAAACAAUUUGUCCAAUUUAAUUGCGACUUGGUGUAAAUAUCCUCUAUAUAGUCUCCAAUGCCAUCUAACAAUGUCUUCUAAAAAUGCAAACCCGAUGACGAAACAAUGGCGCUGUUCUUAUUAAACGUCUAAGAGAAUUCUUUCAAAUUAAUCCGUCCAAAGGAAAGAAUAAUGUCCUCGUUCAAUUCAAGAGAGAUUUCAAUGCAACGUUUAAAAGGUCCAUUAAACAUGAACAGAG